AUGGCAAAGCCAAACGAGGAACGGAUCUACAUUGGUGGAUUGGAUCCUGCUCGAUUGACCGUCCGAGAAACAAUCGAACGUCUGCAAUCGUCGUUGCUAACUGUCAACGACCCCAACGACGUCGGAGCCGCCUUCGGAAUACGUGACCUCCACGAAGGGCCAUCGUACGUGCAAUUUACGGCAGUCCCGAUCCAUAACAAUCCCAGCGACGGUAUUCCCGCGCAACGUACGCCACUUGAAGCCGUCGCUAAACUUCUUCACAACGUCAAAUGGAAGGGCUGCAAACUGAAAGUACAAGCGGCCCGGCCCCAUUUCUUGCACCGACUGACGGAGGAAAUUCGAGUACGACAGAUACAACAGGAAAACCAAGCUUCGCUUACCGCAGACGCGACAAUACCACCGUCAGCAUCGUCAACACCAGUAUCACCGCGACCCGAGUCUACUCUCCCGCGACAUUUGAAAAUACGGCGCGGCUACGGCGAAGAGUCCUGGAAAGUGGAUACCAAACCCGUCGACGUGACGAAUUGGAGAGACUUUUACAAACAGACUGCUCGACUCGCACGUAAACGAAACCACGUUGAUCCUACAGUGGACGCCAAAAAAGCCGUUUCGGCUUCGCGCAAGGCACACUGGAACAGAGCCGUGCGUCUGCGCUUUGACCAGUCCGUCGCCGUGCCUACGAGACCUCCAACGGUGGAGGUUGGACGGACGCAUCUUCAAGCUGACAAAGACGUGGAAAGUGACCAAGAGAGCUCUUCGUCGGAAUCCUCCCGUACAAGUGACCAACCCCACGGUUCCUACGUAUGGUCGGACGACGAAAGCUCGUUGGACGAUGAGAAUCUUGACGUACGAGCCCAUUCGGAAAAGGAGUCGAGAACAGAGCAACAUGCACAAUCAGCCUCCAAACCAUUGUCCGCAAACACUUACGUUUGGUCGAGUGACGAUUCCUCGGAAAAUUCCCAGUCGCCUCCGGCACGAAUAAAAUCGACAACCAACAGCUUCAACGAUGUUCUUCACGUCAUGGCCGUGGACGAAUUUGCCGCCGGACUCGAUGCACAGCGUACGACGAGCAGUGAUGAUGGUGACAACGAUAUCGAAAUCAAUGGCGACGCCACCGACUCAUUCGUGCCGACAGCCGGAACCGCAUGCGCUGACGAAGACACCACCGACCUGAAAGACGAUAUCCAGUCGAAUCUCAAUGUACUGGCCUCCAUUUUUCCAAGCUUUCGACAAGUGCACCAAUCACAUCCUGUACAAGAAACACCAACAGACAACAAGCCAAAUAAGGCAUCGACGGGGUGGCAAUCGGGUCAAAUGCUUCGGUACGAUCCAACCAAACCAUCUGCCCAACAGUUCCUGAUGGAUAAGGGAACCACCGGGAAUGACGGGCAAGAUCAAACGGAAGAAGAUGACUCUUCCAACAGCACAACGAAGGAAGACGGCAACAUCUCAGCGGACGAAAAGCAAGAGCAGCCGGAGAUAAUGGGAAAACCCACCGCAGAAGGUCUCGCUACGGACGUGUACGAGCAGGGCAAACUCGAGCAAGUCUUUCGGGAAGCGCGGGAAACGGACAGAACACCCAUUGUAGUACAGACAGAAACCGAGCCCGGGCUUUCGCAGGAGAGGGGUUUUGCGUUUUCGUUUGCGCUCGCCAACUUACCAAAGGCAGAAGUUACGCCAGAUCCAGAUCCAGGCUUUUCGUUUGGGUUUUCCGUGCCAAAUCCAUCUAUGGCGGAACGAGGCGCCGGCGAGAAGCCAACGGGAAGUCCGCAUCGUUUGCUAGUCGAGGAAAGUGCGUUGCAAAGAGAGAACUCUGUAAAACGACGGCAUCGUGGAUUGACGUUUCCGCCCGAAGUUAUUGACGAAUACGUGUCUCGAUUUUACCACAUGGAUGACGGAGCUCGCAUAUUGCAAGACCCCGAGGGCUAUCGCAACGACGAACGUGUCAAGGAGGAAUGGAACAAGGAACGGAAAGCUCUGACGCUGGACUGGAAACGCAAGCACAAGUAUGCACAGUCGAAAAAGAAGAAUCGGAUGCGGUAG